GCCAUGAGGCUGCUGGUCCUCCUGGGCCUGCUGGGUGGGGGUUCAGCAGCCGUCCCCAUGGGCCCCACGUGGCCUGAGCCUGUGUUCGGGCGCCUGACGUCCCCUGGCUUCCCGAGGGAGUAUGGCAACCACCAGGAGUGGCGCUGGGCCCUGAGGGCGCCUCCUGGCUACCGCCUGCGCCUCUACUUCACCCACUUCCACCUGGAGCCCUCCUUCCGCUGCGAGUACGACUUCGUCAAGCUGAGCUCGGGGACCAAGGUGCUGGCCACGCUGUGCGGACAGGAGAGCACGGACACGGAGCAGGCGCCGGGCAAUGACACCUUCUACUCCCUGGGCCCCAGCCUGGACGUCACCUUCUGCUCCGACUACUCCAACGAGAAGCCUUUCACGGGGUUCGAGGCCUUCUAUGCUGCUGAGGACAUUGAUGAGUGCCGAGAGCCCCCGGGAGAGGAGGCCACCUGUGACCACCACUGCCACAACCAUCUGGGUGGCUUCUAUUGCUCCUGCCGCGCCGGCUACGUCCUCCACCAGGACAAGCGCACCUGCUCAGCCCUGUGCUCAGGCCAGGUCUUGCGCGGCCGGUCUGGGGAGCUGAGCAGCCCCGAGUACCCGGGGCCCUACCCCAAGCUCUCCAGCUGCUCCUACGGCAUCCGCCUGGAGGAGGGCUUCAGCGUCACCCUGGACUUCGUGGAGUCCUUCGACGUGGAGGCCCACCCCGAGGCCCAGUGUCCCUACGACUCCCUCAUGAUUCAGACGGACCAGGAGGAAUAUGGCCCUUUUUGUGGGAAGACAUUGCCCCCCAGAAUUGAGACAGGGAGCAACAACGUGACCAUCCUCUUUGUCACUGACAAGUCAGGGGCCCACACAGGCUGGAAGAUCCACUACACAAGCACAGCGCAGCCGUGUCCUGAUCCGAUGGCACCACCUAAUGGUCACAUUUCACCUGUGCAAACCAAGUACAUCCUCAAAGACAGCAUCUCUGUCUUCUGUGAGACUGGCUAUGAGCUUCUGCAAGGUGCUUUGCCCCUGAAAUCAUUCACUGCAGUCUGUCAGAGAGAUGGAUCUUGGGAUCGACCCAUGCCAGAGUGCAGCUUGGUGGACUGUGGCCCUCCAGAGGAGCUGCCCAAUGGCCGAGUGGAAUACCUCACUGGUCCUGAAGUGACCACCUAUAGAGCUGAGGUUCAGUACCACUGCACAGAGACCUUCUAUACAAUGAAGAGGAAUAAUGGUAAAUAUGUGUGUGAGGCUGAUGGAUUCUGGACGAGCUCCAAAGGAGAAAAAUCACUCCCAGUCUGUGAGCCUGUGUGUGGACUAUCAGCCCGGACUACAAGAGGUCGUAUAUAUGGAGGGCAAAGGGCACAGCCUGGUGAUUUCCCCUGGCAAGUCCUGUUACUAGGUCAAACUACAGCAGCAGGUGCACUUUUAUAUGACAACUGGAUUCUAACAGCUGCUCACGCCAUAUAUGGGCAAAAAGAAGAGGUAUCUUCCCUGGACAUUCGAAUGGGCAUCCUGAAUAGACUAUCGCAUAACUACACAAAAGCCUGGGCUGAGGUUGUUUUUAUACAUGAAGGUUACACUCAUGAGGCUGGUUUCGACAAUGACAUAGCACUGAUUAAAUUGAAGAACAAAGUUGUAAUCAAUAGCAACAUCAUGCCUAUUUGUCUGCCAGGAAAAGAAGCUGAAUUUUUGAUAAGGACAAAUGACAUUGGAACAGCAUCUGGUUGGGGAUUAACCCAAAGGGGUUUUCUUGCUAGAAAUCUAAUGUUUGUCGACAUACCAAUUGCUGACCAUCAAAAAUGUACUGCUGCCUAUGAAAAGCAGUAUCCAGGGGGAAGGGUAACGGAUAACAUGCUUUGUGCUGGCUUAGAAACUGGAGGCAAGGAUAGCUGCAGAGGUGACAGUGGAGGGGCACUAGUAUUUCUAGACAACAAGACAGAGACUUGGUUUGUAGGGGGAUUAGUGUCUUGGGGUUCUGUUAAUUGUGGGGAAGCAGGUCAGUAUGGGGUGUACACGAAAGUCAUUAACUAUAUUCCCUGGAUUGAGAACAUAAUUAAUAAUUUUUAAUUUGCAUGUGUUCAAUCAGUAAAUGAGUCAGUUUUAGAACCUUGUAAAAGAUCUUAGCAGUAAUGUGACAUAGCAGCUACCGCCCCCCGCCACCACACACACAAAA